AUGGUGUAAACACCACAAGGUGUAUGUUAAACCAUGGAAUGGAGACUCAAAAGUCAGAAUGGCUACUAAAUCAGCAACGUUUGAGCCUAUUGGGACAACUCUACUUGAAGUUGCACUAGGACCAAAGCGAUUCGCUCAAAAGUUUGUCGUUGUGGACGAGUUAUCGACUACUGCUCUGCUAGGAGUGGACUUUCUAUAUCGAGCAAAAGUUUUGAUCGACCUUCAAGGAGAAAACAUCUCUUUCAAGGACAACCAAUCGCACCUGAAGAUUAAGAUUUCUUUGUGUAAAGGGAAUGAUCCAAGGGAUCUUUUGCAAAUAGCACCACAGUUUCUACGUAUCGUGGAUGAUGAGGUUCGCAUCGCACCCCUGCAUGAAAGGACAGUCGUUGUCACUGUCCGUAAGGCAUCACCUUAUUAUCGCUUUAAUGUUGAUGGAAUUGUUUCCGCAUUAUCUUCUGCUACCACUAAAUAUGGUAUUUGGGCUGCUCGAAUGCCAAGCAGACUGGGAGAAGGAACAACGACAAUUGUUCUAGCUAACUUGUCUGAUAAAGAGGUCAUACUACGACAAGGCUAUGCGGUCGCCAACUUUGAUGCACAUGCGCUGCGAAAGUUUGGUGAUCGAUUGGAAGACCUAAAUGUGAUUGAAGUAACACCGUCUCUGGACGAUGAUCCUGUUAUAGCACCGAAUUCGAACCACAACACGUGGAAAUCUAAUUCCACUGUGGAACCUACUUCAUCCAACAAAAUCGAAGUAGAUAUGAACCUCGCGUGGGAUAAGUUGGACCAACCCACUUAUGCAAGGAAUUCUAAUGAGUUGGAGUUUGUCGAUGGAUGGCCGAAAGGUUUGAACGUCGAUAAGGUUCUGAAUAGACUGAACAUUGACCAGCAGACAGACUUGAAAGCGUUAUUGUUUCAAUAUCGCGAGGCAUUUGCAUCAAACCCUGAUCGACCAACGCCAGCAAAUGCCGUACACGGUAUUGAUACCGGUACUUCUGGACCAGUUAAAUCGCGUCCAUAUAAAGUGGACCACAGCAAACGCCAGUACAUUGCUGAACGUAUAGAAGAACUACUUCAUAACAAAGUGAUUCGUCCAUCGCGAAGCCCUUGGUCGUCACCAGUAGUACUAGUUCCAAAAAAGGAUGGUAGCAUACGUUUUUGCGUUGACUAUCGAAAGCUAAACUUGGCAACAAUCAAGGAUAGUUAUCCAUUACCACUACAAGAAGAUUUGUUAAACAAUGUCGACAAGACCUGGUAUACCACUUUGGAUCUUGCUGCUGGUUACUGGCAAAUCCCAGUUGCUGAAAAAGAUAUUGAAAAGACCGCCUUCGUUACUCAUGAGGGCUUAUACGAGUUUUUGGUUAUGCCGUUUGGGUUGACGAAUGCGCCUGCCACGUUCCAAAGGGUGAUGGAUAUGGCUCUCGUAGGAUUGAAAUGGCAGUGUUGCCUAGUGUAUUUAGAUGAUAUAAUCGUCUUUUCAAAUACGUUUGAUCAACACUUACAAGAUAUUGAAAAAGUGUUAAAAAGGUUACUAGAACAAGGUCUCUCUCUCAAAGCGUCGAAAUGCAAUUUUUGCGCCGAGGAAGUGGAGUACUUAGGACAUAUUGUUAGUCGCCAUGGUAUUCGACCUGGUAAUAGAAAAGUUCAAGCUGUACAGGAGUUUCCGAUUCCGGAGAACGUGUCAGCUGUGAGAUCGUUCUUGGGUUUGACAUCAUACUACAGACGAUUUAUUCCAAAUUAUACUAAGAUCGCUAGUCCGUUGUUACAAUUACUUCCUCAUGAUGUUGUUUGGACAUGGACUGACUCUCAGAGUCACGCCUUCGCGGUAUUGAAAGAGGCAUUAAUAUCUGCGCCGAUUUUAGCAAUGCCUAAAUCUGGACGACCGUACACUGUACAAACCGAUGCAUCAUUGCUUGGUCUGGGAGCAAUCCUAUCCCAAAAAGAUGAACAUAAUCAUGAGCGAGUCAUCGCCUAUGCUUCACGAGUUCUUUCCCCUGCUGAAAAGAAGUGGGAUACUAGAGAGUUGGAAGCUUUGGCC